AUGAAUUGUGUUUACUAUGGUGAUUUUCGUGUAAAACAUUUUAAUAAACGGAGAUUAAUUGGAUCUCAAAAAACGCGAGCUUUAGAUGCCAUGUGUACACAUAAAGUUGACCCAUCUGUAUUUGUGCGAAAUGAAGCCAAUACUCUAAUGAAAGAAGGUGACGCAGUCCCAGCUCAAAUUCCUAAUAUAGGAACAUUAAGAGUUGCUAAAUAUAGAGCAAUUGCAGCUACACGUUAUGAUUCUAAUCCUAUAAUUGCAAUAAGUUUAAUGAAGCAAAGUCAAAAGUUUGAUAAUUCAAUUCACGAUAUUGGUUUUGACAAAUUCUUUGUACACUUUUGGAGUCACUUGCAAUUACAAAUAUAUAGAAAUAAUUAUAAAAAAGAACAAGUUCCUACUAUAUCGUUUGAUGCAACCGGUGGUUGUUUCCAAAAAUUGAAAAGAAAUGAAUUUAAAUUAAGUGGAUCUAUAUUUUUAUAUGAAGGUGUUAUGUGUAUAAAUGAUCAAAGUUUUACCGUUAUGUCCAUGCUUUCAGAGCAACAUGACAAUAUUUCAAUUUCUUCUUGGUUAAGAAGAUGGUUACGCUGUGGUAUAGAUCCUCCAAAAAUUGCAAUUUGUGAUCAAUCAUUAGCUUUAAUGUCUGCGAUAGUGCAAGCAUUUACCAAAUAUUCAUCUCUUGAGCAAUAUAUUGAUGCUUGCUUUUCUCUGAUUAUAUUAAAAGAAAAAGUACAAGUCCCUAAAUGUUUUUUAAGAAACGAUGUAAAUCAUUUUAUUCAUCUUGUGUCUCAAUGGAGUGUAGUGAAGAAUUCACGAUAUCCAAACACCAAAGAUUUUAUAACACGAGGUAUGGGUUUGCUAGUAAUGUGUACUUCUGUUAACAAAGCUGAAAAAAUUUUGGAAGCCAUAUUCACAAUAAUUCUCAGUAGGGAUGAUGGAGAUAUAUUACACGUAAAUCAAAGUAACAAUCACAAUGAACGAAAAUUGACUCCUUGUGCUAAAAGCAAGAAAUAUUUAAAGGAUUUAAUAAAAAGUUCAGAUAAUUUAGACAACUUGGAAUUUGAACAGGAUGAUUCAAAUAAUCCCAAUGCUGUUACAAAAGUCUAUCCUUAUGAGGAUGCAAAUAUUUGUGGUGAAGGUCCCAAUAAUUUUUUCAAAGGUUGGGCUCAAGCUAUUGCUAAUAGAGUCAAAAUUGAAAUUAUGGGAAUCGAAGGGUCAACAGACAAUGCUCAAUUUUUGCCGGAACUUGAAAUAGUUAUAGUAAAAACAAUGAAACUUUUUCCAAUCUGGUCUGGAAUUAUGAUAAAUAUAUUUGGGUACGGAACAGAAACGGCCUCUUCAAGCAGAAUAGAGAGUAAUUUUAACCACAUCAAAAAUCGUGUGUUUAAAAAUGAAAAUAUGCCAUUAAGAGUUGAUAUGUUUUUAGAAAAAUUACUCUACUAUUAUAAAGGGGAUCAUUUAUUAUUACAAAGUCAAGACCAAUAUCAAACACAUUUUGAAUGUACUGAUGAAAAUAAUUGUACAAAGCGUGAAAUAAAUAAUAAAUUUAAAGGAGACAACUUUAAAUUGAGUAAAGACGUCAUAAUCAAAAAUUUAAAAAAUAAAAGUACAAAAUAUUGUGAAAUAAGUGAUGAUGAUAACUUAGAAUCUGAUGACGAUGAAUACCUUCGAGAUGAUGACACAAAUCAAUAUACACAUGAGGAAGAAACUGAAUAUGAGAGUAAAGAAAACAUUAAUUAUGAUGACUUAAGAACCAAAGUCGAAGAACAUCAUAGUGAUUGUGAAUCAAAUAAAUAUACUAUACAGAAGAAAGAGACCGUAAGUGAAAAUGAAGAUAAGAAGAAUUGUGAUGAUUUAAACGCUGAAGAGUAUGAUAAAAAUGAUGAUAGAAACAAUGAAUGUAGACAGGAGAAAGAAAUAAACGAUGAAUAUAAUGGAAACAGUAGGUAUGGAUUUUUAAUGCUUAAUGAAAAUGAAUACAUGGUAACUACAUUGAAUGAAAAAGACCAACAAAAUAAUUUGAGCAAAAUUAAUCAAAGAAAAACACAUAAUACAUUAUCUAAACACCUAAAUGAAACAACUAUAAAAUCAUUGCUAUGCGUUCCUUGUACAAAUGGAGAUCUACCUAGUGGUCUUCAUAAAUGUAGUAGUUGCAAAAAACCAAUUCACUUAUUUGGAUGUUCAAUUGCAGCACCUGGUACAAAAGAAGGAUGCGGGGAAGAAAGAAUAUGUCUUAAUUGUGAUAAUACAGCGUCUGAAGAAGCAGAAAAUGAAGCAUUUGAGAAUUGGAAUCGAAAAGGUAAAAACCAAAAUAUUAAAUCAAAAAUAACACGUUCUGCUCGUUCUUAUUUAGUUCAUCAACCAGGUUUUGAUCUAGUUGAUUUGAAUAAAACAAGAUCUUCAACUUUGAUUUGUAUAUUGAAAAAUGGAAAUAAUCUGAAAAAUAGGCCAAUUUCAGUUCCUGGAUCUGAAAAGAUGAUAUUAAACAAUACAUGCACAGUCGAUUCACUAAUUUCCGUUUUAGCUUCAUCAGCUGCGGAUAGCAUAAUUUUCAGAAAUUAUUUAGAAGAAAUAGAGCCUUCAAAUUUGACUGCCAAACUUGCCUUACAAUUAAUUAUUCAAAAAAACACCAAACAGAUUUAUCACACUCGAUUAUCAUUGCUGCUACAGUUUUUCGGUGACAAAACUGAAGCAUUAGUUGGUGGUAUAAAAUGUUUAGAUAUUACAGACACGGUUGGAUCAAUGGUUGACAAGAUUUUAAAAGAAAUGCCAUCAUUCACAACGUACAGUAAAUGUCAAAAUAAUUUUUGUCCUGUUCCACAUUUACAGCACAAUUCAGCUAAAUUGUCACUUAACGUUUAUAACGAAAAAGUUUGUGUUCAGACUGAAGUAGAGAAAUAUAUUAAAAAUACCAAGGCGUUAUGUGAAUAUUGUGGAAAUGAAAGGCAUUCAGUUAUCAAAACAACAUCACACAUUAUAGUUGAACUAAACUCAAUUCCUAAAAGUUUAGAAAAUUCAACAAGCAUGACAGACAUAGAAAGUGUUCCACUAGACUUGAUACAUCAAAAUUUUGCAAAAUCAUAUAAAUCAGAUCUUCAGUCAAUUGAAAAACAUAUAAUAUUAAAAGAAAAAAUGUAUAAGUUAAGAGGUGUUAUCAAUUUUCAUGGCAGUGAGAGAAGUGGUCUUCGAUGUGCAGUUGGACACUAUACUGCAUGUUCCUAUAGGUCAAAUAAGAAAUGGGAAUUAUAUGAUGACACAAAAAUGAAAAUCCAAAACAUAAAUCCUUCAAAAAAACUAGAUAUUGAAAUUCUAAUUUUCACAAUUUAA